AUGUCAUUACGUGUGCAGAUCACAUGCUCUCAUUGAAUGAUUUUAAUUUUCGAUACAGUCAGAAGCAGAGAAUUGGAGAAAAAGAGAUUCUUUGUGGGUCUCAAGAUGAGUUCAAGAAUUGGAGUCUUUAUGCUCCUAAUCUUGCUUUUCUUCCAAAUUUGUUCUGUAUCUGCGCUCACAAAUGAUUUCGACGUUAUUGCUUUACAAGCCCUAAAGAGUAGUUUGACCAUGCCUCCAAGGAAUUGGAAAGGCUUUGAUCCUUGUGUAAACAAGUGGGUUGGAAUUUCAUGUAACAAUGACCGUAUUGUUAACAUAUCACUAGGCAACCUUAACUUGGAAGGAAAGCUUCCUGCCUAUAUUACGACUUUGACUGAAUUGCAAACCCUGGAUUUGACAUCUAAUCCUAAUUUAACUGGACCGCUUCCACCAAAUAUCGGUAACCUCAAGAAGUUGACGAACUUGAAUCUUAUGGGAUGUGGUUUCAGUGGUCAAAUCCCUGAGUCCAUAGGAUCUCUAGAACAACUUAUAACACUCUCCCUGAAUUCAAAUAAAUUUAAUGGAACAAUUCCGGCUUCCAUUGGCCAGUUAUCAAAACUAUAUUGGUUCGAUAUAGCAGACAAUCAGAUAGAAGGAAAGCUUCCAGUUUCUGAUGGAGCUUCUUUACCUGGACUUGAUAUGCUUCUUGAAACUAAGCAUUUUCAUUUUGGCAAAAACAAGCUUUCUGGCGAUAUACCAGAAAAGCUCUUCAGUGCCAACAUGACUUUAAAACAUUUGCUAUUCGAUGGAAACCUACUCACGGGUGAAAUCCCACAGAGCCUUAGCCUUGUUAAAACGUUGACGGUGUUACGCCUUGAUAGGAAUAGACUAAGUGGAGAAAUUCCUUCAAGUCUUAAUAAUCUCACAAAUCUUCAAGAACUGUACUUGUCCGACAACAAAUUUACAGGUAGUCUUCCAAUUUUAACCAGCUUGACCAGUCUCUCCACAUUAGAUGUGAGCUAUAACCGAUUGACUUCCUCACUAAUUCCAUCAUGGAUCUCAUCAUUAACGUCCUUGGCAACAUUAAGGAUGGAAGGGCUCCAACUUCAAGGUCCAAUACCAACCUCCCUAUUCACCCCUACUCAGUUGCAGACUGUUAUCCUAAAGCGUAACUGGCUAAACGAAACAUUGGACUUCGGUACCAACAAGAGCCAGCAAUUAGAUUUUGUGGAUUUACAAUAUAAUGACAUAACUGAGUAUAAACAAUCAGUGAAUAAAGGCAGCAGCAGGAUAGUAAUCUUGGCAAAUAAUCCAGUGUGUCCCGAGGUAGGGAACCCACCAGAUGAAUACUGCAAAGUAGUCAAACACAAUUCUUCAUAUUCUUCUCCUCUAAACACAUGUGGUGUUUGUGGUGAUGAGGACAUGGAACCGACUCCCACCACGUGUCGUUGUGUGUAUCCAAUCACAGGAACACUCACUUUCAGGUCGCCUUCCUUCUCAGGGUAUUCCAACAACAACACCUUCGAGAUGCUCAGGCUAAACUUAACAGAUUUCUUUAACAAGAAAAGUUAUCAAGUAGAUUCAGUGGCCAUAAGAAACAUCAGAGAGGAUGAAAAUGAUCAUUAUCUUCUAAUAGAUCUCUCGGUCUUUCCAUAUAAAACAGAGAGAUUUAAUGAGACGGGAAUGAGUAGUGUUAUUUCCAGGUUUAGCACGCAGACUUAUAAACCUCCUCCGAUGUUUGGCCCUUACAUAUUCAAAGCCAAUGAGUACAAUAAGUUCCCUACAGGAGGUUCAAACUCAUCACACAUCAUUGGAGCUAUACUUGGUUCUAGUGUUUUUCUGUUAAUGCUAAUGAUAGCUGGGAUCUAUGCUCUUAAGCAAAAGAGGAGAGCAGAGAGAGCGAACGAACAAAUUAAUCCUUUCGCCAAGUGGGAUGUGAAUCAGAACAGUGUCGAUGCUCCACAGUUAAUGGGAACAAAAGCAUUUACUUUUGAAGAGAUGAGGAAAUGCGCAAACAACUUUUCGGUGGCAAAUGAUGUUGGUGGUGGAGGUUAUGGCCAGGUAUACAAAGGCAUUCUUCCUAAUGGGCAACUCAUAGCAAUUAAAAGAGCUCAACCAGGAUCUUUGCAAGGAGCGUUGGAGUUUAAAACUGAGAUCGAGCUUCUUUCAAGAGUCCAUCAUAAGAAUGUUGUCAAACUCUUAGGCUUUUGCUUUGAUCGAGGAGAACAAAUGCUCGUAUACGAGUACAUUCCAAAUGGUUCUCUUAGAGAUAGUCUAUCAGGCAAAAGUGGGAUUAGACUUGAUUGGACAAGAAGGCUUAGAAUAGCACUUGGAUCAGGGAAGGGCUUGGCUUAUCUUCAUGAACUUGCUGAUCCUCCAAUUAUACACAGAGACGUCAAAUCAAGUAAUAUAUUACUUGACGAACGUCUAAAUGCAAAAGUUGCUGAUUUUGGCCUAUCCCAACUUGUGGAAGAUGCAGAGAAAGCUAAUGUAACAGCACAAGUGAAGGGAACUAUGGGCUAUCUUGAUCCUGAGUACUACAUGACGAAUCAAUUGACAGAGAAGAGCGAUGUGUAUGGUUUUGGGGUUGUGAUGCUUGAGCUGUUAACCGGUAAGAUUCCGAUAGAGAAUGGAAAAUAUGUGGUGAAAGAGAUGAAGAUGAAGAUGAAUAAAUCGAAAAACUUGUAUGACUUACAAGAAUUGUUGGACACUUCCAUUAGCACAGCCAGCAAGAAUCUCAAAGGAUUUGAAAAGUAUGUAGAUCUUGCUUUAAGAUGUGUGGAUCCAGAAGGAGUGAAGAGGCCAUCAAUGAAUGAGGCUGUGAAAGAGAUUGAGAACAUAAUGCAGCAUGCAGGAUUAGUAGAUUCAUCUGCGAGUUCAAGAACGUAUGAUGAAGAAAGCAAAGGAUCUGGGGAUCUUUAUGGAAACAACUCUUUUGAGUAUAGUGCAAGUUUCCCAACUGCAAAUCUCGAACCCCAAUGAUUGGUUAUGGGUUGGUUUGUUUAUUUAUCCAGAUGCUACGUCCAAAUACUAUGCUUUGAUUGCUUUCUGCUUUUUCAAAGUAGGCAUGUGAGUCUCAAGAUGUAGAAAUUGGCUGCAACGAACUUUUGAUGUAUCCAAAAUAAUUGGAGUAUCUUGAUGUAUAAAAUGCAUCCAAAUUUUUCAAAAUACUAAAAUGCCCUCAUU